AUGCGGACGAUGCCGCGAGGCAGGCCUAUCGGAGGAAUGCUCCUACCGACCGGAGGACAUGCCUCCUCGGAACAGCUCAACACGGUCGCUACUUCCGCGGCAACUGAAACGGCUGAGGUCCUUGCCCUCUUCGUCACAUUCUCCCCCGUUGGUGGUCAUCCAGUCCGCUACACCGCCCCGUUCGACGUGGAAUGGGAGGGAGCCGUCGCCGAGGCGCACGCUGCAGAGUUCGCGAGAGGCUGGUUCCAGGCUGCAUCUGGAUCUGCUAUGUACCCUGCCCGAGGUAACUGGCAAGCGCGCGGGCAGAUUGAGGCCGACGAAAGUUCCGUUGGUGAGCCCGAGGGAAAGGACGAUGCGAUUGAGGUUUCGUCGAGUCAUUCGGAGGAGUCGUUUCAUACUGCUACGCGAUCGCCGAUGCCGGAGUUCAUUUCGACGGAGAGUCGCGGCGUGCAGGGAUCGCGCUUUGCGAGGAUACGACAGGCCCAGGAGAGACGGACGGGAAGUGUCAAGCGGGAAGAGGAAGAGGUGACUGAGGCUCGUCUGCCGAUAUUACGACAUUCAAAUCUUGCUGGUGGGACGUUUAUCUCUGCCGUGGAUGAAGACGAGGAGAUGAUGGAUCCUUCAGUAGAUUUGUCCAAAAAAGAUGCAGAUCGACUGGUGAACAUCUACUUGAAGCUGGACUAUGUGACGCUGCCGAUCUUGGAUAUACAGGACUUUCGGGCAGCGUAUGAGGCAGUUAGUGUUGCUGGGGACUCUACCACGCCGAACGCAUUUUAUGCCAUUCUGAACACAAUCUUUGCGCUCGCCUGUCUCAAUGUAGACGACAUGCGUGAGGAAAGGGCGAGAUACUUCUUCAACGAGGGUCAGAGGCUGGCCAACCUGUUUGAUCAAUACAAGUCUAUUGAUCUUCUUCGAUUGUACAUCCUACAGGUUCAAUAUCUCAACGCGAUAGGUGAUCUACUACCUACGGCUUGGGCUUUGAUCGGAUCUACGAUACGACUGGCACAGUCACUGCGUCUACCCUUCGAUGCAAAGCAACACGGGCACAGCAGAAAAGAGCGAGAGACUUGCCGGAGGCUCUGGCAUGGCGCGAUGAUAAUGGAACAGAUAAUUGCGCUGCGGCUCGGCAUCGCGCCCCAAACACCCGAUCCGCUGCGGGUUCCUCUGCCUACGCACUUGGAUACAGACUAUGUUGAUGUGUUCUCGAGCGCUCCGUCCAGCGCACCGUCGAGCUCGCAAGGUGAACGUGCAUCAAUAAUCGAGUUUUUCACCGCCUGCGCAAGACUGUACAGGCUUGUCGAAGACGUAAUGGCAUGGGAGGAAGAGGCAAGGAUUCGGCCUCACGGCUGUGCCAUGAAGAAACUACUGUCGCUGGAUUUUACGCGAUUCUUGAAAGCAGAUAGCCUCUUACAUGAUUGGAAUCAGUCAUUGCCCUCGUCUUUCCGGAGCAGUGGAGGCCGUGGCACAGACGAACACUCGAUCGUCGUCCGACAGCGGAAUAUCCUUCGAGCUCGAUACUUGUAUCUUCGGCUCCGGCUAAACCGACCACUGGUAACUCUGGGGCUAGCGCUGACCACCGCGUGCAAAUGCAAGUCGGAUGGCCAGCCGCACAUUGUGGUAAGAAGGCCCGCCCCAGACUCACCUAUUGCCCUGAGCCUAGUCCAUGGGGCUUCUGUCAUGUGCGUCCGAUCCGCACUCGAACUGGCAGAGCUCAUUCGCGCCCAUGAGACUGGAUUGCUUCGAUUUGAUGCACCAUACGACGCAAGUCACUGUCUCAGCCCACCAUACUGGGAGUCUGUGGACUAUCUCUACGUCUGUGGUACAGCCUUCCUUGCUAGCUUCAACCACACAUGUCCUUUCUUCGGUGAUAUGACCGACGAGGAAGACGAACAGUGUAGAGUACUCUGGCCCUGCAUAAUAGACCUUCUCGGUCGCUACCAGGGAUAUCGUCGACGCGGCCGAACGGACAAUGUAGCCCAGGCGUGCAGCCGUACACUGAGCGAGCUUGCCAAGGCUGUUGAAAGCACAGAUUUUACGCCUUGGGCGGUCGACUCGGCGAUAUUAGGACAAGACGCGCGAGCAAGGUUCUCUCAACGAACUGAGAUGGAGUCACCGGUUCGACACAGACGAAUAUCAGGUGCGAGUCAGACGAUCCCGGAUCCUCUUGGGGACGUUCCUGGGUUUCCAGAGUGGAUGGAUAGUUUACCAGUUGACCUUGUGGGAUGA